AUGGCCGGAGGCCGCCAGCGCCGCCGCCGACGCCUCGGCCGAAAGGCGAAGGCCGCCGAAUCCUCGUCCCUAGCACCUGGCACUCUCAGUCCCAGGGAAGUUGCAGUUGUGAAGAUGUCCUCUGACAAAGCCUGUCACGCCUCUGGCCCUAGUUUCUCAUCCUCGCCUGGACCUAACGUUUGGGCAGAUCUCGUGGACAGCUUGCUUCACGAAAUCAUUCUUCUCUUUGGCUCAUUCCAUGACUUCAUUGGUUUCGUUGGAACCUGCCGUUCUUGGCAUCAUGCGGUCUCUUCCUUCGCAUCUGUAUAUACGUUCAGCUUCCCACCUCUCCACCUCAAGCCAGGUGUUUGUUUCUCUCCUCGGCAACAUAAUGGUCGUGCUCAGUACAUGCUUUUAUCUGAUUGCAAAUGGAAAAUUAGUGAUCCUGCCAAGAGAGACCUUACCCUUCAAUGUUCAGUGCCCCAAAGUACUCAUAAUCAGAUGCUCUAUAUGGGCUCCUCAUGUGGGUAUCUUAUUUUCUUUCAUCAGGGCCACAGCCUUCUUGUCAAUGUGUACACUGGCACUGAGGUGAAGCCUCCCAUACUCCCGUAUAAAAGCCAAUUAUCAAUCUACUGUGGCACCCUCAUGGCUCCACACAAUUCAUCUAACUUGCACCUACUUCUUUUCACAAAAGGAACCAUGUACCAGUGGCAGAUUGGAACAGACUCUUGGUCAGAGCAGCGUCUUGGUCUUGAUGGUGAAUGUUUCGAGCAGAUCGUGUUUUUCAAAGGUGACAUGUUUGCCGUAGACAUUCUUGCGAGUGUCUUCAUCAUACACUUUGGACCUCAGCUCAGCACGCAGAGGGUACAAGUUGAGUGGAACAUGGCUAUAAUAGGUUGUGUGGUACGGCCGUGGUUGGUGGUCUGUGGUGACAUGAUUCUCGUUGUUUCCUUCCCGCUGAAUUUUGGCCAAUCGAAAGGCAUGUCUGACCUGUCUGGCACCUUUCAUGUCUUCCGCUUCGACCUUUCAGUUCAACCAGCUCAAUUGGUGGAGAUGGAGAAGUUGGAAAAUCAUGCUCUUUUCAUUAGCCUAGAUAGGAGGAAUCCCACAUUUUCUUGCUGGAGACCUGAAAGAUGGGGAGGAAAAAGUAACUGCAUUUACGUUGCAAGGCAACUUGAAGAUUCCGAUGAACCUUGGACUGCAGUUGAACUUGGUCAGCCAGUGCACGAAAAAACCGAGUGGAUCCAAUUUGGUUCUCCACAUUAUCCGCCAGAAUUCAGUGUCCAUUGCAGUAAACUUGAGAGCCUUUGGAUGCUCCCAAAUUUCGUUUCUGGUGCCGACCAGUGACAGACAAUCUUUGUUUGCCAUGAAUAUUCGCUAGUUCUUGCAAAAGCAAUGUCAUUUGCUGCUAUCUUAAUUUUACUCGCGAUGGAUUUUCUUUUACAAUUGUGUUGAUGAACACUUGAACAGAACAUGUGCAGCUGCCGUUUGCUUGCCCACAUGGCAUGAAGUAGAGUCUGUCACUUGGAUUGUAAUAAUAGUCGGUGGUAUACUUCCUUG